AUGUAUUACAGUUUGGAUAGAAUACCUGAUGCUUAUCAUGAGAUUCUGCGUAACUCUUCCAGUCAUUCUUCCUGCCAAUUGGUUAUAUUUGUUUCCUGUUUAAAUAUUGAUGCGUUAUGUGCGACCAAGAUCCUGUCAAUACUGUUCAAGAAACAGUUGGUUCAAUUACAAAUAGUUCCUGUGUUUGGAUAUUUAGAACUACGACGCCAUUACAAACAGUUAGACGAUAAUAUUAAUAGUGUUAUGUUCGUCGGAUGUGGUGCUGCCGUCGAUUUGGAAUCAUUCCUAGAGAUAGAUCCAGAUGCAUAUCUUAUAGGCGAAGAUGAUAAUGGGAAGAAAACCUUUAGCAGAACUCUGUAUGUUCUUGAUGAACGUAGACCGUGGAGUUUAGAUAAUCUGUUUGGUUCCGAGCUUGUGAAAUGUUUCGAUGAUGGGACAGUGGAUGAAACUCUAGAUCAACAGAAAAAGUCAUAUAACGAAUUGUUGAAAUUAGAAGCAGGUAACCUUGAAGAAGAUGGGACUGAUGACGAUGACGAUGACGAUGACGAUGACAAUGACGAUGAAAAAAGUGAUGAUGAUGGGGAGGAGGAUUUUGACAACAAUGGGCAGGAAACAGAUGAUGAUAAUAAAAAUGAAGACGACAUAGUAUCUGGGGAAAAGAGACCUAAUGACUCUGAAGAAUCUUCCAAGAAAAGGAAAAGGAAACAACGAAAAAGACUAAUGAAUAAGCAUGAAGCCAUUUUAGAGGAAUAUUAUUCUCAAGGUACAACCGUUGUCAACUCAAUUUCAACCCAAGUUUACUCUCUAGUAUCCUCCUUAGGUGAAAGUAAUCUACAAUAUCUGUGGUUGACAAUUUUGGGUGCAUCGUCAUUAGAUGCUUCUUAUCCACAAGUUUACAAUAGACUAUCACCAAUUUUACAGGAUGAAGUUAAAAGAUUAUCUACAAGAAGGACAUCUACAAAAACCCCAGACAGCUUAUCAGUUGACAUCCAACCAGAUUAUUAUUUAUUUUUACUAAGACAUUCUUCAUUGUAUGACAGUUUUUAUUAUUCAAACUAUGUUAAUGCAAAGUUAUCGUUAUGGAAUGAAAAUGGUAAGAAAAGGUUACAUAAGAUGUUUGCUAGAAUGGGUAUACCGUUAAAUACAGCUCAAGAACAUUGGUUAUAUAUGGAUCACUCCAUAAAAAGAGAGCUAGCAGUAAUUUUUGAUAAAAAUUUGGAUAGAUAUGGUUUGCAAGACAUCAUUAGAGAUGGGUUUAUACGUACAUUUGGUUAUCAUGGAUCUACUAGUGCUAGUGAAUUUGUAGAGGCAUUAACAGCAUUAUUAGAAGUUGGUAAUUCUAUAUCAAGCGGCGAUAGGGAUAAUAAAGAUGAUACGAGUAAUAAUAAUGAAGAUAAUGAUGAUGAAAACAAUAAUGAAAUCGACAAUAACAAAAAUCAAAAAAAAUGGAUUUCAAAUUUUUGGUUGAGUUGGGAUGCAUUAGAUGAUAAAAACCCUGAUUUGUUACAAAAAGGUAUCAGACAUGCACAAUUUUUACAGAAGGCCAUAUUUAAUACAGGUGUUGCAAUUUUAGAAAAGAAAUUAUUAAAAAAUUUAAGGAUAUAUAGACUGUGUGUUCUACAGGAUGGUCCAGAUUUAGAUUUAUUCACUAAUCCACUUACAUUGCUGCGACUUGGGAAUUGGCUGAUCGAAUGUUGUGCAGAAUUAGAGGAUAAGCAAUUAUUGCCAAUGGUAAUUGCAAGUUUGAACGAAUCAACAGAUACAUACUUAGUAGCAGGUUUAUCACCAAGGUAUCCAAGAGGAUUGGAUAAUCUAAUGGCUAAGAAACCCAUCUUAAACAAUUUUGCAAUGGCAUUUCAACAGAUUACUGCUCAAACUGGUGCAAAAUUAAAGAUAGAUAAUUUUGAAACAACUAUUAUUGAAGUUCAUCGUGAAGAUUUAUCACCAUUCCUAGAGAAACUAACCCUAAGUGGUUUGCUUUGA